AUGACCCCAAGGGAGCAGCUGAGGAAGAUGUCAGUGAUGGGGGAGCAGGGGCCUCUGGACGAGAAACAUUGGUACCGCCUGGUCAACGGCAUGUCUGCUGGAGAGCUAUGUCAGAGGCAGGAGAUGAUGAUGAGGAACCAGAUAGCCAUGGCUCCUCAGAUCCUGGCCCAAGGACAGCAGAGGAUACAGGGGGUGCCCACCCAGUUUGAGCCUCGCUUCAUGGAACGAGAGCUAGUUCCACCCUCGGAGAUGGUAUCUUCCGAGGCCAGGCAGAUGCACAUUGGGGGUCACCUGGGUCCGCCCAUGCCCCCACACCCUGGAAUUUCUGUCAGGGGCUUCCCUGGAGUUGGUUACAGUUUCAUGCCCUCAGAGCCCAUGGAGACAGUUGCCCGGCGACAGGAGCUCAUCCACAAGCAGAAUAUCGCCAGGAUGGAGAUGAAUGCCAUCCUCCACCAGAAGGAGAUGGAGAAUGCCCAUCAGAAGGGUCUGAUGGGUAUGGAUGCGCCCAUGAUGUACCAGUCCAACGCUAUGGCACUCCGGGGGCGCCAGCGCCUCCCAGACGGCCACGACUUCUUUGUCCACCGUACCACCCUGGAGGAAAUGCAGGCCAACAACCUCCUGAUGUCCUCCAGCCCCUAUCCACCAAUCAGCACGCUGCAGAGGGAGAGGGGCCGCAGGGCUGGUCGCAGGGCAACCAAUCACAAGAGUGCAGAGAGCCAUGCGUCUGGACACAAGGGCCAAUCGGAGGACAAGAGCGUGGAGCAGAGUCCCGGGGGUGCCUCUGGAGAUGAGAAAGAGGCAGAGGGGAAAAUGGACAUGGGAGGGGAGGCAGUCGGCAAACAACAUCAAGCCAAAAUGGACACAGAGCUCUCGUCGAAUGGCAGAAAGAGCUACAAGGAGGCGGCGCAGGGCCUGCGAACAGCCUGCAUAAACAGUCAAGAUGGCUGCCCUGACGUCACCAACUGCAACAGUGGCGCCAGCGACAAAGACAGGCCCAGUCAAUGCUCUGCGUUCCAGUAUCCCUCCGCCAGUGGACCUAUCCCAGGCAUGCCUUACAUGUUCCCUCCUGGGCCACCCAAUCUCUUUCUUAACGGACAAGAUAUGUCCUCUGUUGAAGACCUUAGGAAGUGGACAGUGAAUGACGUGUAUAUCUUCAUCAAAAACAUGCCCAGCUGCUCUGAAUAUGCUCAGACGUUCAAAGACCACAUGAUAGAUGGAGAGACAUUGCCAUUCCUGACAGAAGACCAUCUACUGGACACGAUGGGACUGAAGCUGGGCCCGGCACUCAAGAUACGAUCACAGGUCUCGAGCCGGCUAGGCAGCAUGUUCUACAUGAUGAGCCUCCCACUCUCCGCUGCCGCCGCCCUACAGGCCACAUCUGAGAAGGCCGGAGGAGACAGAUCGUCAGAGAUCAGCUCCCCUGUAUACUGUAACAGUGUGGAGAUGAUGGGCAGCCCCUGCACCAGAGACCCAGAAGGCCGGAAACCCACAGACCCCCUCCCAGAGACUGACAACGCCUCUCCCCCCUCGGCCAGCAGUGAAACUGCCUGA